CUGGGUUCAGUCUCCUGCAGGACCUAUGUGGGGGUUGGGGGUUCUGCCUAAAGAAUUGGAGGCUUCCGAGCGUUCGGGAAUUUUGGAAGAUCUCUGAGGGCCCUCUAGGGGCCUGGGGUCCUGCCGAGGGGUCACAGCCCCGCGAAGGAGACUGGGGAACGCACAGAUCAUCGCUGGGGAAUUUGGGGGUCCCGUUGGAGCCCAGGCUGGCGACAUGGGUCCUGCGGAAGCAUGAGGGCCGCUGCGUGGAUUUAGGCGGUCCUGGGAGUGCAGCUGGUGGUGACCCUGCUCACCGCCACCCUCAUGCACAGGCUGGCACCGCACUGCUCCUUCGCACGCUGGCUGCUCUGCAACGGCAGUCUCUUCCGAUACAAGCACCCUACUGAGGAAGAGCUUCGGGCCCUGGAGGGAAAGCUACCGAGGCCCAGAGGCAGGAAGGAGCGGUGGGCCAAUGGCUAUAGUGAAGAAAAGCCCUUGUCUGUGCCCCGAGAUGCCCCUUUCCAACUGGAGACCUGCCCCCUCACAGCAGUUGAUGCCCUCGUCCUGCGCUUCUUCCUGGAGUACCAGUGGUUCGUGGACUUCGCCGUGUACUCGUGCGGUGUGUAUGUCUUCACAGAGGCCUACUACUAUGUGCUGGGCCCGGCCAAGGAGACCAACAUCGCUGUGUUCUGGUGCCUACUCACCGUCGCCUUCUCCGUCAAGAUGUUCCUGAUGGUGACCCGGUUGUACUUCAGUGCAGAGGAGGGGGGCGAACGCUCUGUCUGCCUCACCUUUGCCUUCCUCUUCCUGCUCCUGGCCAUGCUGGUGCAGGUGGUCCAGGAGGAGACUCUCGAGCUGGGCCUGGAGCCAGGCCUGGCGAGUAUGACCCAGAACUUGGAGCCACUUCUGAAGACGCAGGGCUGGGACUGGGCGCUCCCUCUGGCCAAGCUGGCCGUCCGCAUAGGGCUGGCAUUCGUGGGAUCCAUGCUGGGUGCCUUCCUCACCUUUCCAGGCCUGCGGCUGGCCCAGACACACCUGGAUGCACUGACCAUGUCGGAGGACCGGCCCAUGCUGCAGUUCCUUCUGCAUACCAGCUUCGUGUCCCCUCUGAUCAUCCUGUGGCUCUGGACCAAACCCAUUGCACGGGACUUCCUGCACCAGGCACCCCUGGGGGAGGUGCCCCUCCCCCUGCUGUCAGACUCAGCCUUCAACUCCCUGCGCCUCUGGGUGCUGGUGGCCUUGUGCCUGCUAAGGCUGGCUGUGACCAGGCCUCACCUGCAGGCCUACCUGUGCCUGGCCAAGACCCGCGUGGAGCAGCUGCGGCGGGAGGCCGGCCGCAUAGAGGCCCGUGAGAUCCAGAGGCGGGUGGUGCGCGUCUACUGCUACGUUACGGUGGUGAGCCUGCAGUACCUGACGCCGCUCAUUCUCACCCUCAGCUGCACGCUGCUGCUCAAGACGCUGGGCGGCUACUCCUGGGGGCCGGGUCCGGUCCCCACGCUGUCCCCCGCCGCGUCCUCAGCCCGCGACCGCCUGGUGGGCCUCGGGGAGGAUGAGGCCCAGCAGACGGCGGCCCGGAUCGCUGGGGCGCUGGGCAGCCUGCUCACGCCUCUAUUCCUCCGCGCGGUCCUCACCUUCGUCAUCUGGUGGACAGCAGCCUGCCAACUGCUCUCCAGCCUCUUCGGCCUCUACUUCCACCGGCACCUGGCGGGCUCCUAGCUACCUGCAGAGGCCCCGGAGGCCCCAAGGUCCGGGCCUGAGCCAGCGGCUAAGGGCCGCCUCCUCCGUGUGUGCCUCAGUGUCCUCAGGUGCCAGGUGGGCCUGGGAGUCCCCGCAGCACCUGCUGUGCCCGCCCACUUCACCGCAGUGCCUGAGCCCUGGCCCCUCGGAUCCCGUGCUUCUGCCUCAAAACUGUUGCCCUGGGCCCAGGGGCAGAGGAUCCCAGGGUCGUUGUUUUCGGACUGCAUGCUCCGCCCCGCCCCCCAUUUGAGGCAGAGGUGUGGGGGGGUCAUUCUUCUGAACAAAUAAAAAAACAGGCUGAUUUUUACUGUCAGGAUUGGAGUGGUCUGGAAGGCAGCUUUCUCCAUGUUGGCAUUUGGUGCUGAGAGAAGGGAAUAACAGGGGAGAGCACAGGGGCGAUACCGACAGUAAGCAAAGGCCUGGAAGCAAGAAGUGAAAGGGAGAGAAGAAAUGCAACAAAGUUGAGAGGAGAUGCCACAAGUCAGGGGAGAAGGAGAACAGGGGGGUUGGGCCUGGGCAGGGGAGAGUGAAGGGAGGGGACUCAAGAAUGAGAAAGGAGGGAGAUGGAGAUGACAGAUGAAGUUUUAGAAAUCUUGCAGGAGGAACAAAAUGAUAAAAGAUGGAAAACAAAGGGUGGGGGACAAAGGAAAUCAGAGAACUAGCCCAGAAGAAGGGAGACCCUGACAGGACCAGGCGAUGGCAAUCUCCAGGACCGCAAGCUUCCAGGUGCUGCGGGACAAGAGCCCCAUCCCAAGGCAUCUGUCUGGAAAGUUCCAGAAUGAAGACCAGCUCCGCGCCAGGACAGGUCACACCUGGAAUCAGGAGAUGAUGGAGUUUGUCUCCUCGUUCUGCCUGUUCUGCACGGUGGCCGGCACCUCAGGAGUCCCUGAAACCGGCGCCCGGAGCACACUGGCACAGUCCCGCCUCACCCCUGCAGUGUCAGCCAGCGGUGCUGGUGCGUCUGGCCACCCAGCCCUUCGCUUGCUCAGCCAGGGCCAUGCAUGCUGUCUGCUCUCAGAGCGCAACACCCUGCGGUUCAGGGACACACAGGAAGGCAGAAGGGCCUAAGGAAAAGCAAGGGCCUGAGUGGUACCGUGUCAGGCACAGCAGGUACAAGGGGGUGUGGGGCCCACAGGCCGGCCAAGGCAGGAAGAACUCCCGAUGGCCACUGGCUCUCACCGCCGAGCGUUAAACCACAGACUUUGGGACACAUUUCACAACUGAAAAAAAAAAAAAAAAAGAAAAAAGAAACAAAGUGGAACCACAAUCAGGGAAAAAUAGGGAAGCUAGAAGGGGUGGUCAGGAUCCUGUGUUUUCAGAAGUGUUACACUCCUGUUACCAGGCUUCAGUGGUCAUCACCGCACAUCAGCGCUUUGCAAAGGAGGGGAUGAGUCUGCCCACAAGGGACACUAGUCAGUGUCUGGAGACUUUCCAGAGACAGUUUUGGUUGUCACGACCGAGAGGGGACAGGGACGCUACUUUGUCUGGAGGGUGGAGGCCAAGGAUGUUGCUCAGCACCCUGAGGAGCCCGGAUGUCAGAAGCCCUGUGUUACAAGAAACAGAAGGUAUCGGGGUGCCUGGGGGAGUUCAGGUCGCGAUCCUGGGGUUCUG